AUCAUUGUGGCAUUACUGUUUUGUUACAAAAUACGCCCUUGUGUAUGUACAGUGCCUUUUAAAUUCUUUUUUCUGACUUUAAAAGAUUUUUUUUUAUCAAAUCUAUAAUAUUAGAGUUGAAUCUGGAGUCUAGCUUUUGCAAGCAGCUUUACUGAAUUAGGGUAUUGUCAGUAGAUAUUAAUACUGAAAUUUCUAUCGCAUUCUUUGAGCAUAAAGAAAAAAAAUUAUUGUCGAUUCAGUUUGAAUUCAUAAUUUUUAUCUCAAAUUUCUGCCAGCAUGGAGGAAGAUUCCCGCUUGAAUAUGUCUAUUCUCUUACAGUUCCCAAAAUUCUCAAGAGGUUUUCGAAUUACGGAUUUCGAUGAGUUUGUCCAAGAAAGUAUUGGCGUGGAAAAUUUGGAUUUUUUUGGACGCUUGGCUUAUCCGAAUCAGUGGCAAAUAAGACUAACUGAUCCAGAAACACGAGAGCGCUUGAUUCGAACUGGAAGAACUAGAAUCAAGAAUAGAUCUUGUUGGAUGUAUCCUCUAAAUCAGCAAGAAAUCAGAGGUUUCGUUUAUUGGCUACCAAAUUCAGUAACCAACGAUCAACUGACAGAGCACCUAAAAUUAUAUGGAGAAGUCUUAUUCGUUGAAAGUGAAGAACGAAUUGUGAAAGAUAGAAGAAUUCAGAGCGAUACACGAUACUAUGGAUUGCUAUUGCCACAUGGAACGAUAAAAGACGAUUUGCCUCAUUUCUUGAAAAUCAAUGGUUUCCUAUGUCUUGUGGUCGUUAGAGGAAGAAAGCCUGCAUGUUUCCAUUGCAAAGAAGUUGGUCAUCGUCGUGCGGAAUGCCUACAAUAUAAAGCGAAAUUGAUUAGCUAUUGCUGCAGAGAUCCAAAUAGUGCUCCACCAAGACUAAAAGCACGUGGUAGGCGACAUAUACAAGCAGAAACUGAAAUAAGAGAAGAAACUGGUAGUAACGAUGUUUCCUCUACUGAUGACAUUCCAUGUUUAGAAAAGCAAGUUUCAAUAAAUGAAGAAACAAUCGAACAGCAUUCAUUAUCGGAACUGGAAGACCUAGAAGUCAUUACUGAAAUACUGGAAGAAGCUGUAAGUAGUACCGAGAGAGAUUUAGAAGAGAACAGUGUUCAAUUUGAAGAUAGAGCAAAAACUUACCUUGAUAGUUCAGCUGCUUCACUUCCUGAAACAAAAAUUCAAACACAAGAUAUUUUUGAAAUGAUGCAACAAAUCCAAAGAAAAACUUCGGAAGCUUUGCAGCAGAGUUUGCAGAGUUUUGAAAAUGAAAUUGUUGGGACUUUUACAAGAGGAACACUUUUUGCUCAGAAGGGAGACAGAAGUGCAGAAACUGAAGCUGUAGAUAGUCGAAUAAAUUUGGAUCAAGAAGUAUGUAACGAAGAAUUAGAACAACAAACAGAGGAGAUUUGGGUUCCAGAAGAAAUAUCCACGCAGGUUAAAAUAUCCGGAGAAGAUUUUGAUGUUGACACGAACAUAAAAGAAACUAAAGGAGAUGGGAUGGAGAAGGCCCUUCCUACGAGGCGCCAAGACAUUAUUACAACUAUUGAAGAGAUUUGCAAGUAUCCCUCUGAAAUAGCUAAAGAUGUUGAGACAAAAGAAUCAACUGCAGUAGAUUUAGUCAGUGUCUCGGACACGAGAUCUGUCCUUCUAAUGCUAGAGAAAACAAAACAAACUGCUGUAGAAAUUUUAGAAGGCACUUUUAAGAAGCUAGCAGAAUUUACAAAAAGUAAUGAAGUAGCUGAAAUACUUUCAGAAGAUUCUGCUGCUGAUACAGACAAAAAAUUGAUCAAAGAUGAAAUGCAUCCUCAUAUUUUAAUGUUGAAACAGGCGAAGCAAACUGCUACAGAAUAUUUUGGUAAUACCUUUAAGAAACUGAAAGAAGAAAUCACUAGUUUAUCCUUCGAAUUGGCUGGUGAUCAAACUGACAAGGAUGUAAGAUUAACCAAAGAUGAUAUCCAGUUCGCCUAUCAAAUGUUGGAACAGACAAAAGAAACUGUAGAAGAAACUUUGGAAAGCACUUUUAGACGGCUGGAGAAUGAAAUCAUAAAAGCAACUGAACCAGAUGAAAUGAUUACAGAAAUUUCACCAAAAAGCAUUUCACCUUUAAAAGUCUCAGAAGAUUCUAGAAAAUCCAUAGCAGUUUUGGAACAGUUUAAAGACGUUACUGAUACUGGAGAGUAUUUUAGCAAAGAAGAUAUGGAGAUUAUUGUUGAAGAUGAAGAUAGUAAAAAGCAAUCCAGUGUUGACAAAAGUCAAGAAGAAACAAUCCGAACUGAGUAUGAUAUCUCAGCUGCAUUAUCGGAAUUUUUCAAAGCAAUUAAAAUUUCUAAACAGAGCGAAGUGAGCGAACAGGUGUCAGUGACUGAAAAAACUGUUACUGAGAGUAAGGAAUUGGCAAUGAAAGUUUCCAAAGCAGCUCAGGAGGGCAUUUAUAAAUUACAAACAAAUAUAAGAAUGAUAUUUGAUUCAUCUCUUGCGGAAGGUAAAAGUGAAUUACUUUCUGAAACAAAGACAAUUAUGAAGCAGAUAGAAUCGGAAGUUAAUCAAAUGGCGGAGGAAAUGAAAAGUAAAGUCAAGACGGAUAUUGAAGCUAUAUUUGCUUCAUUCGAAGCUGAUAUCUUUAAAUAAAUUGAUGAAGAAAAUGUAUGGGAUCAUAAAUGAUUUUAUUAAUAAGUCUCUAUUUAUAUUGCCACAGAUAAUAUGUCCAGUGGCCCAUGCUGCCUUCAGUAUGACUGAUAAUUGCUGAAGAAAAUAUUUUGUCUAUUUUAAUAUGAAUUCUUGUAGGAACACUCUAUAUGUUGAUAUGUGAUAUUAUCUUUUAUGUUGAUUAUUAUCUUUUGAUCUUUCUAAGUGAUAAAUGUUUUUUAGGUUAAAGUUAAAAAACCGAACUUUCUUUUGCAAUGUAAGCUUUUAGAUGUUUUUAUGUAAUUAAGAUGUAAAUUUUUUAACAAUUGUGUGUUUUAAUUUAUAAGAAAAUGAUUAUCUGUGAUUUUAAAAUUAUUGUUUACAAUUAAAAUUAGUGAAAUAAUCAACA